UUCAGCGCACCGGUUGUCGCCGGCUUUGAAUCGCAAACGAAUUGAAUCGAAUCGCGCAUUAUGCUCGAAGAGGAGAGCAACAACGACAAUGGCCGCUCCUGCGGGAACAACAAUGGCAGCAGCAAGGAUGUGAGGCUGCUGCUCCUGCCGGAGACCUCCUCCGAUGGCAAUCCGGCGAAUCCUGUCACCUCGCGGGCUCCACUCCAGAAGAUUUUCAUUGAUGACCUGACAAAAGCCGGUGACGCGGGAAAGGGGCGCAGGCAGCUGCUGGUGUGGCGGGUGCCCUGGUUUAUAUUGCUGAUGUGCUUUAUGCAGAUAUCACUGCACUUGAUCGCCAAUGAGUGCAUGAAAAGAAGACUGAUCUAUAAGCCAGAGUGGAGUGGAGAGUACUGGAGACUAUUAACCUAUAUGCUGCUCCAUGCCGAUGUGUGGCAUUUGACUCUCAAUAUAUGUCUUCAGUGCUUCAUUGGUGUCUGCCUGGAACUGGAGCAAGGUCACUGCCGCCUGGCCGUGGUCUAUAUUGCCGGCGGGGCUGCCGGCUCACUGUUCUCGGCGUGGUUGCAGCCGCAUCUGCUGCUGGUGGGCGCCUCCGCCGGGGUCUACGCCAUGCUGGGGAGCCAUAUGCCGCACCUGGUUCUGAACUUUUCGCGGCUAUCUCACCGCUUCUCCCGCAUCGCCGCCCUGCUGAUCCUCUUCCUCAGCGACGUGGGCUUCACCACCUUCCAUUUUCGCCACAAUCAUACGAAUCCGCGGAUUAGUCUGGAGGCGCAUAUGGGAGGGGGCGUGGCCGGAUUGUUGUGCGGCUUCAUUGUGUACCGGCGGAUACGGAUACGGAAACAAUUCAGCAAGGAAUCUAGUUGUGGUCUCAAAUAA